AUGUUACGCGACGGCGCUGGGUUGAAGAACGACGUCAUCGUCGGGUUUCCGAAGGCUCGCGAUCCGCUGCGGCGGCGCGUGGUCGGUCCGAACGCGGCGUGGCGCGCGGAGACGUCGACGACGACGCGGGGACCGCUCGCGGAGCCGGAACCGGAACUGGAACCGGAACCGGAACCGGAACUGGAUCCGUCGCGCUCACCCCGGGUGUUCUUCGUGUCGGACGUUCACACGGACUACGAUGAGAACCUCGCGUGGGUGGAGAACAUCUGCGGGGAGAGCUUCGCGCGCGACGCGACGACGCUCGCGCUGUUUACCGAAAAGUUCGCGCACGUGUUCUUCACGCCCGGGAACCACGACCUGUGGAUACGAGCCAAGUCGCUCUCUCGCGAUCGCACGCACGACGACAGCUUGAAAAAGCUCGCCGCCGUGCUCCGGCUGUGCGACGCCCUGGGCGUGCACACGCGACCGAAGCUUCUCGGCGGCGGCGGCGGAGGCAAAACCGAAACCGAAACCGAAACCGCGCCCGCGGUCUGGGUCGUCCCCGUGCUGUCGUGGUACCACGCGUCGUUCGACACCGAACCGGACGUCGGCGUGGACGUGUUACCGCCGGAGGAGGUCAUGAGCGACUUUAAACGGUGCGAGUGGCCGGAGGACAUGGACCCGACGACCGAGGACGUCGCCGCGGCGCUCGACGCCAUGAACGAUAUUCUCGGCUGGGGGACGUUCGUGGACGCGCUCAAACGCGGGAGCGACGCGGAGCGAAACGCGAAGCUGAUCACGUUCUCGCACUUUCUCCCGCGGUUAGAGUUGUGCCCGGAGAAGCGGAUGCUGUUCUACCCGAACCUCCCGAAGGCGGUCGGGUCGGACUACGUGUACCGCCGAAUUCGCGACCUCGCCGUCGCGGGCGCGGGCGACGGCGACGCGUCGCCGCGCGAGCACGUGCACCUGUUCGGUCACACCCACUUCGGCUGGGACGCGUCGCACGAGCACAUACGGUACGUCCAGGCGCCGAUCUCGUACCCGCACGAGUGGCGACGACGUCCGGGGUCGCUGACGAUCGGUCCGGACGCGCGCGGGGCGAUGUUCGACCGCUCGGCUGCCGCGUCGGACGCGACGCCGUCGGACGCGCCGUUGUGCAUCUGGAACGGCGCCGGAUUCAGCCCGCCGAUGUCGUCGCGGUGGUCGGAUUAUUACAAGACGAACGCGCGGGAGCCGGACAACACGGAGCUCGCGUGGUGGGUCAAAGAAAAUCUGAGGGGCGGCGCGUAG